AAUGAGUUGUCCCAGGUGGCUUCUUGCACUUGGACAGGUGCCCGUUCUACCAACAGGCAGCCCGCACGGAAACCAAAGACAGCUAAGUCCAACGUCAACCCUGCAAACAAUCAGAAAGGUCCAACAUCUGCACAACCUAACCAAGCAAAAGCAGUUCCAGAUGCUCCAGCUGCACCAGGUGACAUUCCAAACUUCCAGCUGCCACACGCGCUGCUGCCUGAGCCCCACGGUGCUAACAUGGUGAUCCACGUGUGUGACGAGGCGAAGAACCUGAAACAGGACUUCUCCUGUCCACGGGACCUCCUGGUGCAGGAGAUGCAGUACUUCGCUGAGUACCUCUCCACAGAUGCACAGAGAUGGGAAGAAGUGGAUAUAUCGGUGCACUGCGACGUCCACAUCUUUGAUUGGUUGAUGCGUUAUGUGAAGCGUAACAGUCCCCGCGAGAAAGACAAAGAAACGCCGAAACUCGAGCCCAACAACGUCAUCUCCAUCCUGAUUUCUUCCGACUUCUUGAAGAUGGCGACUCUCGUGGAAGAAUGCAUCGAGUACUGCCAUCAGAACAUGAGCGCGAUCGUUUCCACGCCGUGUAACAUGAACUGCAUCAGCGACCCGCUCAUCACGCGAAUCGCCGCUACGUUCGACCACAACGAAGCCGACGAAAUCAAAGACCGCAAGGACAAAAUCAAAAGCAAGAUCUUCUGUAAAAAGAUCGAGUCCCUGUUUCAAAACAACGGCGCGACGCUGUUUCGCUGUCACGUGUGUAAACGCGUGCUCACGCAGGAUAUGCAAAUGAAAGUCAAGUGUUUUCCCACGCGAAUGUCGAUUAACAGUCACGGUGCAAUAGCGUAUAGACACUCGCCCGACGCAAACUGGGAUGUUAACGACUACAUCAUUAAUAUGCAUAACGAGUUGAAGGCAUGGAGGGAUGUAUACUGGAGGCUGUGGGGGAUGUUACACUAUCUACAGUGUUCCAGGUGCAAAAAGAUGUUCCCGUGUGUGGAGCUGUCCCACUGCCAGUUUCACCUGGAGCAGCCGCAGUACCCACCUGCCACAGAUGAGCUGUCCAUGGUAGCAGUCGGGAUGUAUGCCUGCUGUAACUCCAAAGCCAUGAGAUUUGACCCCUCAGGCCUGAACAAUGGCUGUAGGACCAGGGACCAUGUGGUCAACUUCAGCAGUAACAAGCCUGGUACUGACCACGAGGAGACAUCAGACAGGGUACUGGAGGACUUACUCCUACACAAGGACGCGGUGUGUGUCCCGUUCAAACCAUCCACACGCGAAUCACGCAGCUUGGAAACACUCGCACAGGUUGGAAUGGACUAUCUCCUAGAUGGGAAUGAGAAAACCAAGCGUCCAAUCUUCCCUGACAACGGUGUGCUAGCCAACAGGCAGCACAGUCCUGACGCUGGAGGUGUUCAGCGUGCGUUCACACCCGAUGAUGAAUCGGUGAACGGAAGCGAUGACGAGGUCGGGGACUCGGAGCAGCCGCGGACCAGCCUCCCUCGCGUGAUCGUGAAAAAGGGAGGGAACGUUGUACAAACCAGCAAAACUGCGCAGUCUGAUAAAAACAAAGCAAGUUUUCUGUUCCGUUGCAGGAAGUGGGACACGACGCGGUCUCUGCGGUGGAACCAGGACGCUCAGCGGGAGGAGGACGCCAUGAGGAACUCGGACAUGGUCUCACAACUUGCCAAGAUUCACUUUGGUACUCUGGAGAAAACCAAGAAGGAGUAUGCUGGUGGUAUCUACUCCAAACUUGACGCACAAUUCCGUAGUACGCUGCAGCCGUCCAAACCCACUGGCGUCGCUGCACCACUACGCACCCGACAGAGGCCUCCGCUGAGAUAAAUGGAUUGUCCCCAUUGUUUCAAGGGCUUGUUCAUUCAGCACUCUAAAGGGGUGUAUCACAAAAGAAACAUUCCCAACAACUUUACAGUGUUUUUUUCCUUUCCACUUGAAAUAAUUUAUUAUUUCACUCCAUACAAUAGUAUGUAGUCAAAUAUUGUUUUUUGUUAAAAAGGCUCACCUUUCCAAUAAUACACACCCCUUAGUAAUAAUAAAUGGUUAGUCCCCAAAGAUAAAAGUGUGUAACAAACAGAAAAAAGUGAAUACAGGUACAGAAAAAGUACAUGUACUGUCACUACCUCUGAAGUCCCAAAUGUACCCAAGGUAAAAAAAAACAUCAUGUGUAUUGUAUAUAAUUGGCGUAUUGUGAAAUCAUUGAGAAACUCUUUAAAACCUUUUCUUGUUGGUACGUCCAGGGUCUUGAAAACAGGUAUUUGUGCAGAGACAAAGUUUAUGUUAUGGAACCAAAAACAUGAGCCACCGAUGAGAUGCCAGCUUGUAUGAUAGUUUCUAUGGAAACUUGCUUGAACAAACAAAUGUAACCAAUGGUAACCAUUGUUAAAAAGGAAUGUUACGCUUUUGUGAUGGACAACUUUGUGCUUUCAUAGUACAAAUGUAUAAGCACCAAUUAAGAAGAAGAGGACCAACAAUACAUGUAGUUGUUGAAUGUAUAUAUUUGUAAAUGUUGUUAGGAAUACCUUAAAAUAUUCUGUAAGAUAUUUCAUUAUAAGCAAGUAUAUUGAUCAUCCAGUAAAUACAUAUACAUACAAACAUAUCAAAAUGCUGCUUUCAAAUAUUCAUGUAUUCAUUUAUACAUUGUACAGUAUAUGCUGUGAAACGUAAAUGGUAUUUGCGCACAAAGCCUGAGCAAUGAAACUACACGAUACAAGAAGAAUCCGAUUUUUCAGACCCCAUGCUGCUAAGGUAUCAUGGAUACCUUGUCUUUAUGUAAAAUGUACUCAUUGUGUCGAGAACUGUACAGUUUUUGCUACCUGGGUGAAAAGCAAAGCAUGAUAAGGGAAGUUGUGUUGCU